AUGGACCGCAUCGUCCGGUCUGUCUCUCGCCAAUUGUUGCGACCCCGUCCGCGAUACCCUUUCUCCAUCCCGUCUGCGCCCGCUGCGAAGAGACUGUACACCAUGGGACACAAUAGGCCAGAGUUGAAAGAUAAAUCGCUCUUGAUUGAGAAGUGCUAUGUCAAUGGCGAGUGGGUUGGUGCCCAGUCGGGCCAGACCUUCGAAGUUCACGACCCGGCCACUGGCCAGCUCAUUGGAACAUGCCCGGAGCUCGAUACCGCCGACGUUGAGAAGGCCAUCUUGGCCGCCUCGGAGGCUUUCCCUUCAUUCCGCACAACCCUAGCCCGCGAGCGCGCGCGCAUGCUGCGCCGCUGGUACCAGCUCAUGAUUGACAAUGCGGAUGACCUGGCGAAGCUGAUUACCUGGGAGAACGGCAAGCCGCUCGCCGAUGCCAAGGGCGAGGUGAACUACGCAGCCAGCUUCUUUGAGUGGUUCAGCGAGGAGGCGCCUCGCGUCUACGGCGACACUAUUCCGGCCUCCGUACCGGGAAACCGUGUGAUUACUCUCAAGCAGCCCGUUGGUGUGUGCGGUCUGAUUACCCCGUGGAACUUCCCAGCUGCGAUGAUCACCCGCAAGAUCGGACCAGCCCUGGCGGCCGGUUGCACCGUUGUUGCCAAGUCUCCUUGCGAGACUCCCUUCACUGCUAACGCUCUGGCCGAGCUUGCCCACCGGGCGGGCAUCCCUAAGGGCGUUGUUAAUAUUGUUACUUCCUCCAAGAACACCCCCGCGGUGGGUGAGCUUAUCACUACUCACCCGGAGGUGCGCAAGGUCUCCUUUACGGGCUCGACUAACGUCGGCCGUCUGCUCAUGAAGCAAGCCUCUUCGACGAUCAAGAAGGUGUCCUGGGAACUGGGUGGCAACGCGCCUUUCAUCGUGUUCGACGACGUGGAGGACCUCGAUGCCGCCGUGAAUGGCGCCAUCGCCUCGAAGUUCCGUAGCUCCGGCCAGACCUGCGUCUGCGCGAACCGGAUCUACGUGCAGAAGGGUGUCUACGAUGAGUUUACCAAGCGUUUUGUCGCCAAGGUCAAGGACUUCAAGCUCGGAGCUGGCUUCGGGGAGGGUAUCACCCACGGACCCGUGAUCCAUGACCGCGCGGUCGCGAAGGCGCACGAGCAUGUCCAGGAUGCAACCUCCAAGGGUGCUCAGGUCGCUAUUGGCGGCCAGAUGGCCACUGCACUUGGCCCCAACUUCUACGAACCCACCGUGUUGACUGGUAUGAGCAAGGACAUGCUCCUCGCCUCGGAGGAGACCUUCGGCCCUGUGGCUGGUCUCUUCCCCUUCGAGACUGAGAAGGAAGUUGUUGAGCUUGCCAACAAGGCCGAGGUUGGGCUGGCUGGUUACUUCUUCAGUGGAAACGUGCGCCGCAUCUUCCGUGUCGCUGAGGCCCUAGAGGUUGGUAUGGUUGGUGUGAAUACUGGUCUGAUCAGUGAUGUUGCCUCGCCAUUUGGCGGUGUCAAGCAGAGUGGCUUCGGUCGCGAGGGCAGCAAGUAUGGCAUUGACGAGUUUAUGACCAUCAAGAGCGUCACCUUUGGUGGCAUGGGGGAGCCUCUGCAGGCAUAA